GAAGAGCUCCAGUCAUCAGCUUGCGUUGAUUACGUCCCUGCCCUUUGUACACCCCGCCUGUCGCUACUAUCGAUUGAAUGGCUCAGUGAGGCGUCCGGACUGGCCCAUGGACUGGAGAAACGCGACUGCCGGACUGGCCAUAUAGCUUCAGAUUGGAGUCACGCCCCGCGCUCCAUUGGUCCACAUCCGGCUGUGAUACGGGAGACAGUAUGCCUGACUUUCGAAGAGGAGAGAAUCGACCACCUCAUUAGAGGAAAACCGGUCGAGCGUAUCGCUACAAUUCUAGGACUGGGAGGUAGUGAGUCUAACUCUGGCCUUGGCGAUUUCUGUCGAUUGAAUCGGCUUGCGGCGACCCUCGCACGCAAGAGCCUCCGUCGGAAUGGCAUCGACGUACCUGAAGAUGGUGGAAGGUACAAGAAAAUCAUCGAAAAAGUGGCCAAAGCGCUCUCCAUCAAGGACUAGGUGUCCUCGAUGCAACCGAUCAAGGCUUUGCAAACCCGCAAUGAAGAUGAAGAGAAGCUCGGGAGAGAGCGCGAAGAGUCGGCGCAGCUUGAGGGUGCGUUCAUUAUCCCCAGCGAGCACCUCGUACCCGAUCGAAUCAAUGAAGGACGAUUCUCUGACCAGAUUGUCAAAGACACUGUUUGCACUAUCGAGGAGUCACAUCUGGUCGAUGGUUCUUACAUGCUCAUUCUGCGUAGUCAGGACAAGAUGCAAAUGGACAUUGUGCUACCAUUGACCUGGCCUGGCAGUCAUCGCCUUCCAAACUGCCCAAGUUCCUCGGCAUGUACAAGCCAAGAGACCUCUGAGACCACGACAGACGAGCACUUUGUCGAAUGGAGCGCCUACCAGUCCCAGAUUUUCCCGGCUCUGUACGGAGACACAUUGUACCCUGAUUCUCUCCAUCAGUGCAGCCACAAAGUCGUGUGGUACGGCGCGGAAAGAUUGAGGACGACCGUCAGUCGAUUGCUUGAAGAUGGUCGGGAGACUUGGCUUCGCCCUUAUAUACCACAAUCGCUGGAGUCGCUAGGAGGCGAAUCAACUGACGGAGGAACAUGGAAUGUCCCUGAGACCAUUCUAUACCUGGGUGGAGAGAAAGAUAUAGUGCCGCUGGGUGUCCGGAAGCUCGACCUCCUGGGCCUUUGGGGGUCCUCAUUGUGCAAAGGGGCAGCUCGGUCACUGGUCCCAAUUUCGUAUCCUGGUGUCGGUGGCCCCAGGACGCAGAAUUGGGUCCCGUGACUGAGUUGCCCCUUGUGCCAUGAGGACCCCCAAAGGACGUCUCGAUGAUGCAGCCGUCGACUCGUAUCUGUCGUGGCUUGGUGUCGGUAUCUGAGCAUGGCGAACACCUCACACAACACAUGUGCCUGCGCAAACGACUAUGGCCACACCAAUGUGCUACUUCAAUCAAAAGGGGAGGGAGACAGAA